AUGGCCGAGGAAGACUUCUCCACUGGGGACAUGUUCCAGGACCCAGAAGGGUUCUAUCCCGAUGAGCCAGAACCCACCUUCGCCGAGCACACUAUGUUGUCCGGCAAGACAGUUCGCGUGCGACUCGUGGGCAGCCACCCACUUUACGGAAACCUCCUCUGGAACGCCGGCCGUACCAGCGCACACUACAUCGAAGAACGAACCGAAGACCUCAUCCGAGGCAAAGACAUCCUUGAGAUCGGCGCCGCAGCAGGCGUCCCCAGUAUCGUCAGCGCCAUCCAGGGCGCCAACACCGUCGUUUUGACCGACUACCCGGAUCUCGACCUGGUACAGAAUAUGCAACACAAUGCGGAUCUAGCAGUCGACCAGAUCCCCAAGGGCCCCGACAACCGGAAUCCGCUACAUGUCGACGGUUACCAAUGGGGCAAACCGGUGGAACCCCUCCUUGAAUGCAUCCCUCCUUUGGCUGAUGGCUCGAGAGCCACGGGCUUCGACGUGCUUAUCAUGGCCGAUGUCAUUUACAGUUAUCCCGAGCACGGCAAUCUGGUCAAGACUAUGCAAAUGACGCUCAAGAAGACCGCCGAGGCUGUCGCGCUGGUCAUUUUCACGCCAUAUCAGCCUUGGCUGUUGUCUCAGACUGAGAAGUUCUUUCCCCUGGCGGAAGCGGGCGGGUUCAUUGUAACUAAGAUUUUUGAGAAAUUGAUGGGUGAAGUCCUCUUUGAAGAUGAUCCUGGUGAUGAGAAGCUUCGCAGGACAGUUUUUGGAUAUGAGCUUCGCUGGUCGCCUGAGCGAUUGGCUGAAGCCCCGAAAAGCGCUUGA